AGUCCUCUCUUUCUCCUUGUGCUAACAGAUGAGGACAGUCCGUCUGAAGACAGGAGUGAACUGAAGGCAUCCCCCACCCCAAGCAGGAGGAAGAGGCGGCGGCACAGUACUGUUUUCACUGCCCACCAGCUGGAAGAGCUGGAGAAGGCAUUCAGCGAGGCCCACUACCCUGACGUGUAUGCCCGGGAAAGGCUUGCUGUGAAAACUGAGCUCCCUGAAGACCGAAUACAGGUCUGGUUUCAAAACCGGAGGGCCAAGUGGCGCAAACGGGAGAAGCGCUGGGGCGGCAGCAGCGUGAUGGCGGAGUAUGGGCUCUAUGGGGCAAUGGUGCGACACUGCAUCCCACUGCCUGACUCUGUCCUCAACUCCACUGACGGUGGCCUGGUUGGCUCCUGUGCACCCUGGCUCCUGGGGAUGCAUAAAAAAUCCAUAGGGAUGAUAAGGAAACCAGGAAGUGGAGAAAAGAUGGCAGGACUCUGGGACUCUGACCACUUCAAGGAAGGUUCUAGCCCAAGUCAGGCAGGACCCCAGAAAUGCUCAGACGAAGGCAGCCCUGAGAACGGCUUGGAAGAUGUGGCCAUUGACCUCUCCAGCUCCGCCCGGCAGAAGACCAAGAGAGCAUACCAGGGGGCCAGCUCCCAAGGAUGCUCAGACUCCGAGGCGCUGGAGGGGCUCCUGCCCGGGAGGGUGGGGGCUCUCUGAGGCCCACAGGUCCACCCUCGAAGGCUGGAAAUGGGUGCCUUCCUCCCUGGUAUUGUUCAAGUUGUCUAAGAUGAAUCAUCUCAGUUGGA